AUGAAAUCAGCCCUCACCUACCUCUACAGCAGCACCAAAAGCGCCGCGGAGGAACGCUCCCAAAAUCGAGAAUGGAGACGGACGUAUGAUGGGAAUGGUGGGUAUCGGGUUAGUAAGUUGGGGGUUGGGGAACAGAGGGAGAGGAGAUUUACGAUUGGAGGGUUGGGGGGUGGGAGUGGGAGUGGGAGUGGGAAGGAGAGGGGGGAUGGGGAUGUGGGUGAGAGGAGGAGGGAGAGGGAAAAGGAGAAGGAGAAGGAGAGGAGGUUUACGAUUGGGGAUUGGGGAUGGGGAUGGAAAGGAGGAGGGAGGAGGGAGAGGGGGAAGAGGAGAGGGAUGGGGAUGGGGAUGGGGAUGGGGAGGGGGAGGGGAGAUGAUAAGUGGAUUACGAUUGAGGAGAUGGAUGGGGAUGGGGAUGGGGAUGAGGAGGGAGAGGGGAAUAUGGAUGGGCGCGGAGAGGGAAGAGAGGGAGGAGGAGUGGGGAGAAGAGAAAAGGAAAGAGAGAGAGGAAGGUGGAGGAAAGUGUUAUUUCCAUGUUUCAACCUGCUUUGA